AUGGCCGAAAACACAGCUCCAGCGGAAGGAAACAACCAGAACUGUUCGUUCUGCGAGGAUGUUGACGGGGUGGACGACAUGGUCCAAUGCGACGUUUGUGACCUGUGGGCUCAUUACCGGUGUGCCGGUGUGACGGAAGCGGUCAAAAAUGAAAGCUGGAGUUGCUCGAAGUGUAGCAUUCAACUACAGGUACCAAAACCUGGUAGGAAGGCACCCGUGAAGAAGGGGCCGCCUAGAAAAACAGGUACAAAGAGCGACGCCGGGUCCGAUAUCAGCAAAGGAAGCGCACAAGGGUCUAAUGUUGAAUCUUCGCUCCAACAAUUGUAUCUAGAGCAGGAAGCUAAAGAGAAGGAAUUGGAGGAGCAAAAAUUAUUUUAUGAGAGUCGCUUAGAUAUAGAGCGUUCCUUUCUGCAGCGAAAGCGGGCGCAACAACAAGAUAUGUUGCUUAAGGAGAGGCAACUAUUGGAGAAACGUCUGUCCGACGAACGGGAAUUUUUAGAACGGCAGCAGGCACUCCGGACCCAAUUCCGGCACAUGAAACUAGAGCUAUCCCGUCAAUUCGAGGGUACGGAUGAUGAAGUAGACGAGGAAAGUCCGGAAGGUGCGGCUGAUAAAGUCCAGCAGUGGAUGAAAUCCAACCGGCAGGAUCCUCGAGGUGCGUAUCCGAAGCAGCAAGAGAGAGUUACUACAUCUUCAUCGGGCGACAGAGAGGCCAUCGAAGAUGAGGAUAAGGCGGAAAAGCUAAAGCGAGACAGUCUAGUCAGAAAUGUCAUCGGUGCACGUUCGGUUGCCACAAAAGGCAACACAAUACAAAGCAAAACAGGAUCGAGCAGCGUAAACAAUCGAUCAUUGAUCUGCGGAGUAUUUCUCAGAUAA